CGAUCGCUGCUCGAGUCAGUCGGUACAAAAAUCACCUCGGGCAGAACCCAUCCCUAACUCAAGUCAUUACUGACGUUCAUUUGUUUCUGAAAAAAAAGCAACGCCCCCACGUCUGGUGGAAACUGAAUCAGUCUGCGACACACAAGUGAAGUCACGAACACGUUACGUGAUUUAGAUUGGCAGUUCUUCCCAUAUCGUUUUAUCUUCUGACUGUCGAAUCUUCUGGCUGCACGAGACUUCGGCGUUGAAAUCUCCCAUGUCCUUGCACGAUUGCUAUGGAGACUAAACCCGUUGAGACUGGGAACAAGAGUGAAGGUGAUGAACAACAGUUGUCGCCAACCAAACCAGCUCUACAACAGCAGCAGCAAGAGAACGUCAGACGCAGUCCUCUCGGCUUUCUGAAGAAGCGCGUCAAAUCCGGUAGUAGCAAAAAGCGGCGCGACAGCGGAAAUUCUGAGGGCGAUAUCGAACCCGUUGUUACGAUCGAAGAGGAGUUAUCUGACAACAAAGUCCUCGCCUCACCAUCAAAUUCCGCCAGUCGUCGUCUUUCCCUUGAUUCGGCGCCAUCGUCGUCGCAACCAGUCCAUCCCCCCUUGAACAGCAGCAGCAAAGAGAAGCCUCGUCAGUAUCGAGGCAUCGCCAAAGUUUUUCACGACUUGAAGUACCGCUCCCGAAUCCGCAAGAGCCAUUCUGCUCCACCCUCUGGCAUGGAUAGUAACCAAGUUUCGAGCCCAGUGUCGGUGGUGGCCGACGAUGACUCCUUCUCGUCGUACGCCACGGCCAUGGGAGCCCACAGUUCCGGCUACUCGACACCGUUGAUGUCGUCGAACGUGGGUAGUCCGGAAUCGUCGAUGACUGAAAGUUUUGUGGAAGAAGACGAGGAACAGGCGGAUGUGACUACGACCACAAUGGAAGAGUCUCUCAGUCCGGCUCAGGUAAUUUUCAACCCGUUUAGUGCUUCUCCCCUUCCACCCAAUAUCUCUCGCGUGGUAUGCGGUGUUUAUAUUGUAGGUCCCACUCUUCGUCGCAUAAAUGUAGCUGAUCCUUCUGCUUUGCCUAAUUUAUUACUGGGAUCUCAGGUUGCCGCCGUUCAGUUGGCCAGUCCCCCGUCUGCACCUGCUUCGCCUCAUCCCGCUAAAAUGGCCUCUGAAACCUUAGCGGAGCCGAGUCCCAAAGCUUCUAGUCUUGAAACAGAACCCGUAGACGUUGAUGAAACCCUAGCAAAUUCGAGUAGUACCAACAACAACAACAAGCCCGAGUGUCAUCAACAAGAAGAAGCCACUCCUGUUUCUACGGUCGUCUCUUCCGCCAGCGCCGAUACUUCCUCUUCUCCUUCCCUUGCCGUUUCCCGCCCAGCAGAGGCCACCACUUUGACUACUUCUUCCAGUGGUUCGGCUGCUGGUCAAAGGUCGAGGAUACCACUAUUGUCGCAACAUCGUUCCUCGGUCCCUUGCACUUCGACAAGUCAAGAGACAACCGAGGCAUUGAAAGUUCAACAGCCGGAGCGAUCCUCUUCCACCAGCGAAUUUCGCUUCUGUUUCAGCGAGUACAACGGUACCAAGUCACCCACCAAAGGAUUGAUCCGCUCGCCCGAUUCCAGCAAGAUGGACACAGCCAACAAUACGGCCGGCACUGACGCCAACGGCUAUCCAAAGAAUGAACAUUUGUACAAAGUGCUGGUCAUUGGAGAACUGGGCACCGGCAAAACGUCCAUUAUCAAGCGCUACGUCCAUCAGUUCUUUUCGCAGCACUAUCGAGCCACCAUCGGAGUCGAUUUUGCCCUUAAAGUCGUUCACUGGGACCAGAGCACCGUCAUCCGCCUUCAAUUAUGGGAUAUUGCCGGUCAGGAAAGGUUCGGCAACAUGACUCGAGUCUAUUACAAGGAGGCUGUGGGAGCAUUCAUCGUAUUUGACGUCACAAGAAGUAGCACAUUCGAAUCGGUAGCCAAAUGGAAACAAGACCUUGACACAAAAGUUCAGCUUCCGGACGGAAGUCCCAUUCCUUGCGUACUACUCGCUAAUAAGUGUGAUCAACCGAAAGAAGGUAUUGCCGCAAGUCCAGCCAAAAUGGAUGAAUAUUGCAGGGAAAAGGGCUUUGCCGGCUGGUUUGAAACGUCAGCCAAGGACAAUAUCAAUAUUGAUGAUGCGGCGAAAUUCCUCGUCGGAACGAUUCUUCAGAAUGAUCAAUGGAGUACCAGCAUAAAAGAGGAGGACGCCGACAAACUGGAUCUUAAUGGGAAGGGAGGAACUGCCGGCGGUGACAAGAAGAGCAAUUGUUGUUGAUUUCUCACGCUCUGCUCACAAGCGUAUCUCGUUGCGUGCCCUCCCAAAAUUUACGCCAUAUCGUGUCAAAAUGAACGGUCUACCGUUUAAAAAUUUCCUAUCAUUUCUUUCUUUUUUGCAUCUUGUGGGGUCUUUCUGGCUCCAUCCGGUUUUUAUAAGUGUGUUGGGACAUUACGUCGCUUCGUUUGAGGCAUAAUUAAUGUCGGGGGAAAUUUAGGCCAUUGUAAAGGGGGCACUGUGGUCUACGACUGUCUUUAAAAAAAUUCUAUCAUUUUAAUGCACUUUCUAUCAUUUUGCUAACGUUGAGCAAGAGAGCAUCGACUAUUCUACUAGUCUCGAGCCGAUGUAUUUGUCUUGAAUUAUUUCUUAUAUCAUAUAGUAUGUACGAGUGUGUUUCAAUUUUCUUUGCCUCGAUCAUCUACCAUUGGAUCUGAAAUAUUUUUGGUUGCUGAUUGAGUAAAGUUUAAAGUUCCAGUCGACACAACAUCUCAUCAUUGGGCACCCAUAUCCUCCAAAUAAAAGAAGAAAAAAACAACUAAAAUUAAACGAUUAUCGAUACAUUAUAUGUAAGUUUUUACGCAUUUUCUGUCAUAUCUAUUAAUUCAAUUGUGAUGUCCGCCACGGUAUUUCCUUGAUACAAAUUUAUGAUAUACGCUUGCCAUCACCCCCUCACACAUGUGUGUUGAGUAUGAGACAAUAUGUUCGUGUCAUAAUAUCAUUCGAAAAAUAAAUACAUCACACUAGGCAAUAA